AUGGCUGCUAAAUGUUGGAAUACCGGCGGUACCAGGACUGUAUUAGGAGUUCAUGGCUGGCAGGAUAACGCAAACACCUUUGAUGGAUUGAUUCCGUUGCUACCAAAAAGUAAGAGUAACAGAUACUAUCAAGUAGUUUCUCUGAUUGAUAUUGAUCAUAGAAAUAUCAAAUUUAUAGCUAUUGACCUCCCUGGACAUGGCAAAUCUUCAAAUCUUCCCUCUGGUGUGAUGUAUGAAAUACAAAGAUACAUCAUGAGUUUACACUUCUUUGCGAAGGCCUUGUAUUCUGGUACCUUUCCGGACAAAAUACAGCAGCUAGUUAUUAUAGAAUCAAUAUGUGCUAUAUCUGGUACACCGAAACAUCUCAUUGACUUAUUUUCUGAUGGCAUGGAUUCAUUCGUAAAGGAAAAUCACAGAAUAGCUAAGCCUUACGCAGAUAUAGAAGCCGCCGUGGCUAGGGCGGAAGAAGGAAUUAUUCUUAACGAAUCCACACUCUAUGAAAAUAUUUCAGCUCUUCAUGAGGCCUAUAAGAAAAACUCCAGCUCGUUUAAGCAAAUCGUUGUGCCUGGAAAACAUCACUUGCAUUUAACAAAUCCUACCUCUAUUAGUAAAUAUAUCAAUGAUUUCUUGUGUACUAGUAAUGAAAAAAAUUCGAGUAAAAGUAAAUACUAG